AUGACUAUGAUCAAGCGAUCAAACUUGAUUAGAAAUUCUCUAUAGCCUAUUAUAAUAGAGGUUAAUACAAUUACCCUUAAUAUCUUAGGAAAUUUAUAUUAAAAUAUUGGAAAUUUUGACAAAGCAUUGAAUGACUAUAAUCUAGCAAUUCAAAUAGAUCCAAAAUAUGUAAAAGCAUAUUGUAAUAGAGGUGAAUAUAAUUAUACUUUAAAUAUUAGGAAGUUUAUAUAAACAUAUUGGUUAGAAAGAGAACGCACUAAAUGACUAUAAUUAUGCAAUCUACAUUGAUCCAUAUAAUGCUAUAGCCUAUUUUAAUAGAGGUUAAAACAAUAAAACUUUAUAUAUAUUAGGCAGUGUUUAUGAUGAUAUUGGGGAAAAAGACAAAGCAUUAAUUGACUAAAAUCAAGCAAUCCAACUUGAUCCAAAAUAUGCAUAUGCCUAUAAUGGGAGAGGUAAAUACUAUUAUACUUAAUACAUUAGGCAGUUUAUAUCAAGAUAUUGGGGAGUAUGAAAAUGCAUUAAGUGACUAUAAUCAAGCAAUUAAACUAGAUGAGAAAUUUGCAAUAGCUUAUUGUAAUAGAGGUAUAUACUAUUAUACUUAAAAUAUUAGGCAGUUUAUAUCAAGAUAAUGGGGAGAAUGAUAAAGCAUUAAAUGACUAUAAUCAAGCAAUCCAACUUGAUCCAAAAUAUGCUAUAGCAUAUUACAAUCGAGGUAAAUACAUCACUCUUUAUAUAUUAGGAAUUUUAUUUUAAGAUAUUGGGGAAUUUGACCAAGCAGUAAAUGACUAUAAUCAAGUAAUUAAAAUUGAUCCAACAUCAAUUAAUUCCUAUAUUCGAAAAGGUUCUAUCUCUAUAAUUAGAAUUUUAGGUGUUACUUUAGAAAAUAUAAAGUAAUAUGAAUAAGCGAUACACUGCUUUAAUAAGGUGAUUUAACUUGAUCCUAAUCAUAUUGAUGCUUAUUUUUACAAAGGUUUUAUAUCUGAUUUCAAAUAGCAAUCCAAUUACAAAAUUUGA